AUCUGUGUCAGUGUCUAAUAGAUGUGAGAAUUGUGAUGUUUGUUUUUAAAAAAAGUACUAUUGAAAUCAGUGUAAUUAAAUGAAGUGAUUCAGUUUAAUAAAUGUUUUUGUUUUUCUUUUAAAACUUUAAUAGUGUACUAAUUGCAGUGUUAGUUUUAGUUCUGACCUUAUUCAGAAGUGGGUUGCUCUUUUGUGUACAUACUUAUGUCGUGAUUUCAUAAAUAGAAUAGGCAUUACAUGUCGGGGACGCGUACAAAAAUAACAUUGGUUUGUCGCAUCAAGUUCGGGAUUUCAACCACGCCAUGGUACUGAAAAUGAAGUUCCUACACAUAAUCUUGCUUGUGCUUGGUAUGCAUGCAAUAACACUGGCGGCUCCACCAUCACAAGAAAACCUCCCACCGAGGCCGAAAGAAGGCGGAGUAACCACCAGAUACUGCGAAUUCUACAAUAGCUCCACUCCUAGCUGUAAUCCAGCAACGAACUCUUCAUGCGUACCUGAAACAAUUAUAGAGGAAUGCCAUCCAUUCGAAGCGGAAAAAAGUGUACACUGCUUUGUGUUGUGGCAGUUUGAUAACGAAAUGUACACCGCAUAUCCUAAAGUCAAAGGAUGUUUCGUCGAUACAGUCUCGUGUAAAGACAGAGCAUCCAACUGCACCCUCCACAAUACGCUACUGCCACUUCUACACUGCUGUUGCGAAGGAGACAUGUGCAACAAAAAUCUUACGUUCCCCAAUCCGAAAUCAUUUAUGACACAAACAGAUAAUCCCAAAGAACACAGUACUGUCGCCUCCCCAAUUCCCGCUGCAAUGCCGGACGUCAUUGCGUACACGCUGACACCGUUGUUCCUGCUAUUCGCUGUGUUAGUCGGAUGCUACCUGUUAUACAGGAAACGUAAAGGCAGCUCUUUUGCUGAACUAGCCAGCGGCGAGAAUUCUCUGUCCAGGCCUCCGUCGGCGGGCGGCGGUAUGGAAAAUGAAUCCGGCGUGUUAGUCACUCAGGUGGCGCUCUGUGAAGUGAGAGCCCGCGGGAGAUUUGGAGCGGUUUGGCGAGCGAGACUAGGACAAAAGGACGUGGCGGUUAAAGUGUUUCCCCUACAGGACAAGCAGUCGUGGUUAGCCGAGCAAGAGGUGUUCCGACUGCCCAGGAUGGAUCAUCCCGACAUUUUGCAGUACAUCGGCGUUGAUAAAACUGGCGAUAAUCUACAGGCAGAAUAUUGGCUCAUCACAGCUUAUCAUGAGAAGGGCUCCCUAUGCGACUACCUGAAAGCUAACACGCUAACUUGGGCUAAAGCGUGGCGUAUAGCAGCUUGCGUGGCUCGGGGUCUGUCCCACCUGCACGAAGAAGGCGGUGGCAAACCCGCAAUAGCGCACAGGGACUUUAAAUCCAAAAACGUACUGUUGAAAGCGGAUUUGAGCGCGUGCAUCGCUGAUUUCGGCCUAGCUCUGAUAUUCGUGCCGGCAAGAGGCUGUGGGGAUGCUCACGGCCAGGUCGGAACAAGACGGUACAUGGCUCCGGAGGUCCUGGACGGAGCUAUCAACUUCACUAAAGACGCCUUCUUGAGGAUUGACAUGUACGCGUGCGCGCUGGUGCUAUGGGAAAUAGCUUCGAGAUGCAGUGACGUAGGCGCAGACGAUACGUCCCAGUACCGUUUGCCGUUGGAAGAAGAAGUCGGAUCUCAUCCGAGCCUCGAGGAGAUGCAGGAAGCGGUCGUGCAAAGGAAACUCCGUCCGCACAUACCGCAGCACUGGAGAGACCACCCGGGCAUGUCAGUGCUGUGCGACACCAUGGAGGAGUGCUGGGACCACGACGCGGAGGCGCGGCUGUCUGCGUCGUGCGUGCUGGAGCGCGUGGCCGCCCAGCGCGCCCCGUGCUCGGACAGUGCGCCGCUGCUCCUCCACCCCCCGCCCUGCUGACCCCGCGCCCGCCGCACCCCUGCGCCCCCCUCCUGACGUCACGUGUGAGUAAGUGCGCUAACAUCGAUACACGCACAGACUAUCUGUCCUAUUCAUUAAGGCAACAAUACAUUGUCGAAUUUUUAUCAAUAUCAAUGAGAAACUCUUUUAACAUAAAGUAUUUAGUUGUGUAGACCGAAAUAAGACCAGCUAAUAAAAAAAUUAUAUGCAUAACACCUAUGAUGCGAUAGUCUCUUGAAUAGUACUAAACGCCUAACAGCCUACCGAUAUCGGUCGGUAGUAACAUUCGAACAUAUAGCUGGGAAAGUGAAGCAGAAAUAAUUGCCAGAACUUUUAUUCCAAAAGCAUUUGGAACAUAAGAUCGAAUCGAUUAUCACAGUAAAGACGAUUCACAAUUUCUCAAGUCCUCAACUAUCCCGAAAUAUGAAUAAAAACUUUAGUAUUUAAUGAGAAGUAUUGUUGUGGUAACUUUUUUCGAUGCGCUAUAAUAUAUUUUCUUAUUCCUGUCGUUAUUUUGUAAUUCGAAAUCUUUAGGCAUAAUUUUUGUAUGAAAUGGUUAAAAGUAUUGAUCAGCUUCCAAAUGUAUUUAUACAUUUUAGUGAUAAAGUUAUACAUAUUAAAUUUUUGUACUGUAUAUUUUUAUACAAAUCAUUUAUUUUGAAUGUUUUUUUUUUUUAAUCCCAUUCUAGGGUUGCUAUUAUUUGAUGUUUUUUUUUUUUUUAAAUUAGUAGUAAAUUUACAAAAUAAUUACUUUGUAGUUUUAGUUCUCCGACACUCAAUUUAUAUUUGUUUUUUACAAAUAAUAUUGUACAUUUAUAACGUAAUCAUUUUUUCCUAAUAGUAUGUAUGUUUUAAGCUUUACACGGUUUUUUUCUGUUUUCCUGUUUUUCUUUAUUGAUUCUCAUUAAUGUGUCCAACACUUUUUAAUCUUUGUAAAACUUUCAAUUUGGUUAAGUAAGGUUAAUUCAAAGUAGUUAUCUACUUUAAAUUAACUUUACGCAACCAGCAGUUACUUUAAAUUUCAAAUUUAUGUUUGAAACUGCUUGUAAGAUAUGUAAUAUAUAGAGGGGUGAAAGUCUAUUUGGUUUAAGCGACAUUUCGCUUAAUACACAACAUUUAACUGUGUAAUUAAAGGUCCGUUGAUUGAAUUUCAAUUAAGUUUACCCCAUUCAAAUAGCUGAAGAAGUUUUUUGUAAUGUUUUUUUUUUACAAAUUUUAAACUUAAAAUGGCUCUCCUGUAUAGUUACAAAAAGGUUGCUUAUACAAUUAGCCAUAGUCAAAUAAUCUUUCACCUCUCAAUAUGUAUGUUUUAACCGAUUUUGAAUAACAACUUUCAUGUCGGGCCUUACACUGUUUUUAGUUUCUUGAUUAUAUGUAAAGAAGUAUGGUACUAAAUUCUGUGUUACACAAUGACAAAUAUAUAUGAACCCCAUGAACAUAUUUUGAAAAGAAAAUAUUUAGAGUGACUCUAAAAAUACGUUUAAUGACUUGAACUUAUUAGUUUAAAAAGCUUGUACAGAAUUAUUAGGCAAUUAAAAAAAUAUUAUUUUGUUAUUUGAAUAAUAAUAACGGCACAGGUUGAAUAAAGAAAAGUUGCAAAAAUGUCGUGAACCAAAAAGCCAUUCAUCCCUUAAUAUGAUGCUGUUGCAUUUAAUUCUUUGCAAAUGUAAUAAAUAAAUAAAAGUUUUUCUAUGAUUGACGAGAUUCCAUAAUGCAUCUUCAAAUCGCUUGGCAUUUAAAAGUUGAGCCAGCGAAGUGAUCUUUUAAACUCGAAUAACAUUGAGUUUGUAAAAAUAAUAAUGGCAUCUUAAAAUUUAUCUACCCAUUUAACUUUCUUUAAUUUCUAGGACGAAAAAACGAUUUGAUGAAUGUAUGUAAUGACUAGUAGAAAUCUUCAAGUGACAUACAUCUCCCUAAUAAAUAAUUUCUUUAAAAAAAUCAUGUUAUGGAGAUGUAUAUUACAUUAUUUGUAAUAAAUAAUAUAUCAGUGUCUGUACCUAGUUUAAGUGGCGUACAGAAACGUGCCAUAAACAAUUUAAUUUCAGCUUUAAGUUUUUUUUUUUUUUGUCAAAACAAGUCCGAUCCACAAACUAAAUUGUCUGUUAUUAUUUUUUGUUUGGACUUUGUUUUAUUAUGAUUCGGGCUCGACCACGCUUAAUAUAAUCUAUAGUUGUAAUUAAUUUAAUCCGUUAAGUAGGCUGCGUUUCGUUCUCGCUUGAUGCAAUCAAUGAAAGACAGAGACAGAGAGACAUGGCUAUAUCGCUAUCACGUACCUGGUGGUGAUUGGAUUUGGAGUCUUUAUGCAUAAUAGAAGAAUAAAACAUUAAACAUCUAAUGGCGGUUACAUUUUUGAAUGCAUCUGUUUUCAUGGUCACGGACAUGCGUGAUUUUUUUAAAUAUGAAUAAUAAUAAAAACUUUGAACAACGUUUCUUGAAUCAAAUGUGAUGUCAUUACAAUAAUGAUAAGACUAAUGAUAGAACUUUUUUGUUGUGGAAUCAUGUUUUCAGUCAAUCGUGCUUUGUAUUAUAUUGCGGUUUGAAUGAACACCAAAACGACAAGUUGAUUAUAGUAAAUGAAAUCGUUUCGUCUCCAUUUACUGCCGUUUUGAAUUUUCUUUAUUGCCCUUGUAGGCAGACGAGCACACGGCCCACCUGAUGGUGAAUCGUCACCGUCGCCCAUGGACUUCAGCAAUGCCGGGGACAGAGCCAAGCCGCUGCCUAGCGCUUUAUACUCUCCUCAGAUUUCUCCUCCUUAGAUCUCCUUAGAUACUUUAAUUUCGGAACAUCCCCCUAACAUUGUGGUACAAUUAUGUUUAAGUUAGAAUUUUAAAAACCCUCAUAUGAUUGAAAACUCUAAAUGUACCUAAUAAGCGUAUAUACAUUUAGUUUUUAUACAAAUUCUGUAUUUCCAUUAUAUGUGGGUAACAUUGAAAAGGCCAAAUUAACAACUGAUAUUUAAAAAAAAUCAAUUUGACCAAUGUGCCUAUACUUGAUGAGCAUUCAAAAAUGAGUCGUCUGUCUUUAAAGAUAGUAUUCAAUUUUAAAUGAAAACACUCAAAAGCCAAGUGCCGUGUCGAGUCACAGCUUAUUUUGACAGAUUUGAUUUAUUAUUUAAAAAAAAAAACAGGUGUUUCUAGUUCGGACUAAACUGAAUGUUAAAGACGACGUGUUUUUUUUUUAAAUGUUUUAUAACGUGGUCGCGCCCUACCGCGGACUAUAUCACGGAGAAUGAAAAGAAAUGUGAUUUAUGUGUAGCGUUAAUAAUAAAGUAUAUCAGCGUGGGGAAUUGUAACAUAUUUGUUUUAAUGGUCGCUUCGCUGAAGUUAGUUUUAUGGGAUUUGAUUAACGCGGUAAAAAGCGGUAUCCUGCGCGUCUCUCAAUACGAGCCUCGAAGAUUCAGAACUGAGGGGCGAGCACGAGUUACUAUCGAAAAAGUAUUCGUAUCGCUAUCGAGAAAAUUGUAUAGGAUUUAAACAGCGCCCCGUCUACCGUCCGUAAAAAGAAUUAAUUUCACCAGUUUUUGUAUUAGAGAUAGUAUUUUAUCCUAUACUUUGUCCAAUGUAAAUUUUGUCCGAUGUAAAAUUCUUUUCCUUUACUACUCCGUUUCCUUACCUUUGUCUGUGGCAAUAGGCACAGAGUGAUACCAUUAAAAAAAAAAAAAACACCAGCACGAAUGAAUUUAAUUACUUUGGUUUCGCAAUCGAAUCGUCUUGUUCUCGAAACUCGAAACUUAUAAUCGAGAGCACGAAAAAUGUUUGACAUACCGUAACGUAAACAUCCAAGGCUGACUAUCGAGUAUCGACUACUACCAUCUUUAUAUAAUUCUACUGUACGUGUGUAUGGCACUGAUCUCCCUCCUAAAGGGCUGGACCGAUUUGAAUUAAUUUUUUGUAUGCCUUUGGGUAAUGUCCUGGUUGGUUUAGAUUCACAAAUCAGCCCGUCAGAUGGCGCUGCAGUCGAUAUCUAGAUUAUUUAUCUAUACUGCCAAUAAACGGCUGGAUCCCUCUCAUAGUGGCCGCCGGUAACUACAUUCCCGAUCCUGUGAACCGAAUUGUAAACAGUCGACGUCGCCCAAAACACGUCAUUUUGGAUCCUCCCGAUCCACUAACGGUGCUUUUAGGUACCCCAAGCACUGGUCAUCGUUCUCGCCGAACCCAUCGCUUGCGACGAAGAGCUCGACGAGUAAAUUAACCCACAGAGACAGCCCACUGGGUUUCUCACCUGAUCUUCUCAGUGGGUCGCGUUUCCGAUUCGGUGAUAGAUUCUGCGAAGCACUGCUCUUGGUAGAAUUCGUGUUAGCAACAACGUCUUUGAGCCCCGUGAGCUCACCUACUCGCCCGGUUACGCUGAAAUGGUCUCUCAAGACCAUCAGAUUAGGCAGGGAAAAAAAGUCUGGAUCGACUUGAAUAAAUUUUUGUGUAUUACAUGUAGGCCAAGUCUGUCGGGUCGCUAGUCUAAUAUAAUGAUCCGUUUUCGUAUCGAGGACUCGAUACAUUUACAUUACGAAUUCGAUAGAUUUUCGUGCUUGACGUACCUACUGGACUUAAACCUUAUAAUCAUAUUAACUAAUUUGAGUUUAGUUAGUUGUUGUAGAGUUGAGUUAGUUUGUUACUUCACGAGUGUUACUAUCUCGUUCUCACGUGUUUCCAAUAGUCACAGCAUAAUAUGGUAGCGCUGAAUGUGGUUUUUUUUUCUUAUCGUAGCUGGAUAGACUUGAAAGGCUAUGUCAGCGUAACCUAACACUGAAUGUCUAAUGUUUAUUUAUCAGCCUAUCUGCGCCCCCUAUCUCUGGAGGCAAUAACUAUUUUCGUUAGAUUCUUAUACAGAUCUUCUUCUUCUAUAUCGUUCCCUCCCUACUGAGGAUCGCGACCACAUGCGACGUACUUCCAAUGUGCUCGAUCAUGGGUGGCAUGGGCUGCAUGGUACAGACUACCACCGAGUGCUUCUCUUGCCAGAUCUGACCAUCUGGCUGGUGUUCUGCCCACGGCGCGCUUGCCUUCUAUUCGACCCGUAAUUAUGAGCUUCUCUAAUUCAUGUCUGGGAGACCGCAUGAUGUGUCUGAAGAAGCUCAUAACACGUUCCCGGCAGAUACUGUGUCUUAUUAUCUUUAUCUUAUUGUUUGUCUAGUUGAUUUGGAUUUGUAUUUUCUGGAUUGUCUUCCUCAGGCUCGAUUUUACGUUUAAUUUCUAUCUAUCAAAUAGCAAUUGUUUCCAAUUUAAUUGUUGAGACAUUGCGAACAACGGAUUUUAAUAAUACAGAUUAAGAAUUCAAACGCAUAGGAGUAGCUUAAAGGAUAAUGCCUGUAAUGAACUCGCACCGACCUCUUUAUGUUGAGAUUCUUAUGCAGCAGACGAUACCAAUUUAUUCUAAAGAAAUGCGUGUGUAUGAAGAACUUCGUAUCAUGCCGUGGUAUACUAAUGGUAGGACGUCUUGUGAGUCCGCACGGGUAGGUACCACCACCCUGCCUAUUUCUGCCGUGAAGCAGUAAUGCGUUUCGGUUUGAAAGGCGGGGCAGCCGUUGUACUGUUAAAAGUGACUUUAGAACUCAUGUCUCAAGGUGGGUGGUGGCAUUUACGCUGUAGAUGUCUGGGCUCCGGUUACCACUUAACACCAGGUGAGCCAUGACCUCGUCCAACCCUACAGGCAAUUAAAAAAAAAUUUAAUAAUUAAAUUAUCGAUUAUCAAUAUCGCCACUGCUUUAACUAAAGUAAAGAAUGUAUGAAGGACAUUAUGGGCUUUAUAUAUUUAUGUGCUUUUCAGAUAUUACCAAUAUACCAAUAUAUACCAAGCCAUAAAAUAAAUAAAUAAAUGGCGUUCCGGUUUUAAGUUUGUUUUUUAAAUGCUUAUAUGGUUGGACGAGCUCACAGCCCACCUGGUGUUAAGUGGUUACUGGAGCCCAUAGAUAUCUACAACGUAAAUGCGCCACCCACCUUGAGAUAUAAGUUCUAAAGUCUCAGUAUAGUUACAACGGCUGCCCCACCCUUCAAACCGAAACGCAUUACUGCUUCACGGCAGAAAUAGGCGGGGUGGUGGUACCUACCCACGCGGACGACUCACAAGAGGUCUUACCACCAGUAAAAAGUGUGACAAGGUGCUUACAAAAUGGAAUUGUGAAUUUAACCUCAUGCCCCAAGGUGGCUAUUCAGUCGGGAUGGUCAGUGAACUCUAUGCCUUCUAAUUGGAACCACCUCCACUUUUCUCAUAUAUUUCUCAUAUAUUCUGUAAAGCAUAAUUAAUAUAAAGACCAAAAUCGAAAGUUGUAAAUUUUCUGAGAACAUCAUUAAGUUAUACCUAACGAAAAUGGAAAAUUAUGAUCUCUUGUUUUAUGAAUAUUAUAUCGUCUGGGUUGACCAUAAUAAGUCAUUUUCAUUGAACAUAUAACUACCCACUAAAAUAUUUCAAUUUUUUUCAUUUACUCAGUAUUGUUAAGAAUACUUUUUGAAAAUACCAUGCAAGUCAUUUUUAACUACAUUGUAUGAAAAUGAAAAGAUAUGAUAAAUGUAUGGUAUGAUUUUUUAUUUUUUUAUCUCUUAACUUCAGUGAAGGGAACUGAUGCCUCCAGCAUAUCACCGUACGCAUAGACUAAGCAAUGUUGCCAAAUGUAAAUAUUAGUUUGUAAUUUAUCGGGUUGUGAACACACUGCAAUAUAUACGUAAAAUAAAUUAUAAGUAGAUGUAAGAAGUUAUUAAGUACUAGUGUUAAUUUCAUUACAUUUGCAAAUAGCAUCGAUUCGGAAAUUUGUUAAUUUUUCAUUGCCAGUAAAGAUUUUUAUUUACAAACAUUUGUCGGGUGUGUUCGCAACUCAAUGGUUAAUUUAAAAACGUAUUAGUUAUUUGAGUAAAUGUUAGUUGAAAUUUUUAGACUUGUAGCGCAGAAUUUCUUUUAUUAGAAUAAUACGACGUAUCACGUUAUGUGAGUUGUGUUCUCCGGGUAAUGUAAUAGGUAUGUGUUAUAUAGAUGUAACUAUCAUUUAUUUUUUAAUCAAUAAACAUGGAUGUCUGUUGAAAUUUAAGAAAUUAAAAUAUAUUUUAUAGAUAAAAA